CUCCUGCUCUCUCUGGGCUUUCAACGCGACCCCUCGCCCUACCGUGCCCUGUGAAAAUGUUGGUGCUCCUGGCUUUCAUCAUCAUCUUCCACAUCACCUCCGCGGCUUUGCUUUUCAUCGCCACCAUCGACAAUGCCUGGUGGGUAGGAGACGGAUUUUUUGCAGAUGUCUGGAAAGUCUGCUUCACAGUCAACAGCACCAACUGUACAGACAUCGACGACAGCUUUGUCUAUUACUCCACGAUGCAGGCGGUCCAGGCCAGCAUGAUCCUCUCCACCAUUCUCUGCUGCAUCGCCUUCCUGAUCUUCUUGCUCCAGCUCUUCCGCCUCAAGCAGGGAGAGAGGUUUGUUUUAACCUCCAUCAUCCAGCUCAUGUCAUGCCUGUGUGUCAUGAUUGCAGCUUCCAUUUACACAGACCGACGCCAAGACAUUCACAACCACAACUGGGAAUUCUAUACUCUGACCGCAGAAGGCACGUACGGCUACUCCUUCAUCCUGGCCUGGGUGGCCUUCGCCUUCACCUUCAUCAGCGGCCUCAUGUACCUGAUCCUGAGGAAGCGCAAAUAGACCCCGGCUCUCGGUCGCUCUCACGCAGUACAGUCUACAUCCAGAUAACCGUUUUGUAUAUAAUCCGUUUUUUUGUUUUGUUUUUUUUGUGUGGUUUUUCUAGCAAACAUAUUGUUUCCUUUAAAAGCCAAAAAAAAGAGAAGAGUUUUUGCAUUCUUGAGAUCAGAGAACAGACUGUGAAGGCUGGAAUUCAGAACUCCCGCCGUCGGAAAGUCCCAACAAGACAAAGCCAAAAAUCCAGCCAUGCUCAAAUCCUAAAAUGUCCAGCGGGAUGUUUCCUUACCACGGGGAUGUGAUGUGAGGACAAGAGGCUGAGAAAGCCAGGUCUCGGGGGACAUCUCCCCCUAGGUUUGGGCCAUACCAUGUCCUCCUCAUCUCAGCUUCCCUUUCCCAAGUCUCUGGGUGUUUAGUGGUGAAAGGUGAGGUGAGGGGCGGCCAGGUGAGGGAUGAAACCUCCUCAGGUAUUCAGCCAAGUUCCAUGUGAGAAACAGGUAUGGACCCUGGUGUUCUGCCUGUACCAGACCACGGCCCUAACUGCCUAUAACGGGCUAGGUCCCGAAGGUGCCACCUAAACUUGCAGAUGUUGUCACCUGCUUGCCUGGGGGAGAGGGGGUCAGAUGUGGGCUCACCCUGAGGCAAAGACUUUCAUCUUGUGAUCCCUAGUACACCUAUAAAAUGCACACUAUUGGGUACCCACUCCCAGACCUACAAAAUCUGUCUUCAGAAGUGGGACCCGGAAGCCUGCAUUGCUAUCAAGUUCCUCCGUGAUGCUUAGGUGCCUUAAGGUUGAGGGCCACCUCCCAGAACCCGGGGAGCAGAACUGCCUCCUCACAAACAUUAAAGCUCUCAUCAUAUCAAGCUGGGAGGUGGGUCUAGACCCCACUGCAGACCAAAGCCCUGGCCUCCGUCAGCUCUUGAUUCUUCCCUGUCCCUGCCACAGCUGCUUUCAUCUGGACCACCCAACCUCCAGGCCCAGGCCCCACACCCCACUAGCCAGCCACCCUGGGGGCAGGGGGCCACAGCCUCCUUAUAGCCCUAAGUCAGAAGGCCUCUCCUCUUCCUGACCUGCCUUCUAAGCUGGUUGGCCUCUACUACAUUUCUGGAGCCUCAGAGGACCCAUCCACCAUCCAUUCAUUUACCCAUUCAUUCAUUCAUUCAUUCAUCAGCAUAAGGCUGGGUGAUCAUUUCUCCUUCUGGGGCUCAUCGUCCAAGGAGAAGAUGAAUUAAAAACCAAUUAGGAAAACUAAUUAAAAACUGUGAUGAUGGCUGUGAAGACCGCAACCGAGGAUUGAAAAGUGAGGCCGGUGGGUGGGAGGGAACCUGCUUCGUGCCUGCCUAUCUUUAAAUGCACCUGGAGGCAUGGAGAUCACCCUCAACAUUGCUCUCUCACCUGUGCAGCUGGCAUUUAUUGGGCAGCAUUGUCGAUUCCAUCAAGAGGACGUUUAGUUCUGUGGAGCAUCCCAGGGCCCUGAGAGCCAAUGAAGCAGUGACGGGAACCAGUCUGCUGUGGUUCUCAGACUUGAGAGGGCGCAAGUGCCACUCGGGGGACUCUGCCUUGUCAGGGCCUAGGGGGGUGGGUGUUCCAGACAAUUCCGAGACUAUACUGAGAAAUGCGGCUUUGGGGAGUCUGUCCUUAGGUGUAAAAGCACCAUGAGGUGUGAGGUGUGCGGCAGUGCGCCUGACCCUGGGGCGUGCCCCCAUUGAAUGAGCUCUUGGCGCGCCUCAGUCCUUUUCCUCUGGUCCUGAGCGUGCUUCUGGGGAGGCAUGCCUGGGCCAGUGCGACCUGUUGGCCGCGUCUCGGCACUGGUGCUGCUUAAAUGCUUCUGCACUUGACCUGCUGAGUGGCAGCGAUCUGCCAUCAGCCCAGUUCUGUGUUGAGUAGCUUUGGGGCCACCGUGGACUCCUUUUCAGUGCAGGGUUGGGUUUUUCUGUCCAUCUAUUCAUUCAUUCAUUGUUCAUUUUCCACCGAGUACUCCGUGCCUGCUAUGGUCCAGGCAGGGUGUGAGGCUUUGAAAACAGAGGGGCGAGCAAAUCCAGGAAUUCUCCCUGAGGCAGGACACCCUCCCCCCAGAGAGCCACCAGCACAGUGCAGGGUGACAUCGGGCCAGGGACAGGACAGGGUGCCACCUCCUGGAAAACUCAGGCGUAGGGUGGGUCGGAGCAGCCACAUGCUUCGGGUUUGGAGGAUGCUACAGGAGCCUCUGGAGGAAGGUGCGUCUACAGUGCCCCCAGCUUCCCAGCCAGGUGGCUUUUCUCUAGUUUCCUGGUGGCCACGUGGAAACAAACCAGCAGCCCUCAGAACCAGGAAUCUGGUAAGCCUCAUCCCCGGGCAAUGCCCGGAUUUCCUUCUCCAAAACUUGAGGGGUGCGUGAGAAUCUGAAAUGACCCCAUGGAUUUUCCUGGCUGGUUGCCGCUACUGUACAGCAUUAGCAUCCACAUCUAUCGCGAUGCCAAGGUUUUGUGACUCAUGAGAGCUGCCUGCCCUGCAUUGCCGAGGUGGGAAAGAGGUGAUGGCGUCAGGGAGAAAAUACCCAUAUUUCUUACCUGUAGGCAGAGUCAGCCCUCACUCGGUGCUUACGAUCAGUUACUCAAGAACAUCAACAACAAAGGAAACUAACAGACAUCCAGGAAGCAAAAAUUAGGACCAAAUAUUAUUACUGGUAACAACUGUAUUUGAAGGAACUGUAGUUUGCGCAUGUUAGGACAUUUUUAUACAGUACUGUAAUUCUUUCAUGGGGGGGGGGCGCUAUGGAUGGAGACAGACUAACUCGUUUUGUUAUUCGCAUUAAAAUUACUUUGGGUCUCUGUCAAGUGAGUUUGGAAAAUUAAUGUGUAGCUCUGAGUGAAUGUAUAUAUUUAUACCUGAACACGGGAGAAUUGGAGACCUCCCCCCAAUCCUCCAUCCUCUGCGGCAGGUUGGUGGCCUGUGUGCACCCCUAAUUGACAGGCUGAGGUCCUGGGAUGCUCUGUAUUAACUGAUGCCGAGGACACCUGGACCCCCAAGCCUGUAUGUAAAGACACUAAACAUAGUAGCUUAGAUAGAAGCUGUAGCAUCAUUUAAAAUCUGCCUGGGUGGGGAAUGACUAAACUUGCUAAUCGUUGAAAGGCUACUUACAAUACAGCUCAUUGGGCAGUUUUGUAUAUUGGGGGGCGCGGUGGUGAUGAGGAAAUGCAGAGAAAGGCCUAGAGGUUAAGUCUGAACCUUGGUUUGUGGACAAAUGUGAUUUUAGGGUUUUAGAUACUUUCUCCUUAAUGUGCCUUUAAAAUAGUACAUUUUCUAUGUUUUGUAUAAUCUGAAACUGUACAUGAAAAAUAAAGUUUAAAACCAAAUCA